ACAGCGCCAGCAGGAAGAAGAAGGAAGCGGUAGUUACAAACCGUAUAAACUGAAACAACAAUGUUCAAACUCUUCGGGAAAAGUAAACCUGUUAAAAUAAGGAGUUGUAAUGAAAACAGAAAAUAUGGAGUUGCGGCUAAAGAUGUGAAGGAGUUGCUCAAAAAAGGCUGUAAAUUAUUACAGUUGCCACUUUCUGGUGCACAAGUUUGUUUGUAUUCGGACGGGACGAAGGUGACGGAGGAAUUCUUCAAGACUCUGCCCGACAACACUGAACUUGUUCUUCUCUCCAAACAGCAGACAUGGAGUGGAGUUGUGUGCGACAUCGGUCAGUUACUGGACACGGACCAGCACGCCAGUGGCCUCAUCGAAGCAGCGAAGGGGCUCCUGUCUGAUGAGACGUCUCCUAAGAAGCGUAAAAUCCUGACUGACCUGCUGCUGAACCUGGAGGACAGAUCGGAGCUGGAGACCAGAGACGAGGAUGAAGACUGGUUCACAGGUAUUGACACUCGAUUCAAGACAAAGUCUGCCUACAUGAAGUUCAACUGUGAAAGCAGGAUACGAGGCUACCUGAAGGAGGUGAAUGGUGCCACUAAGGACCUACGGACAGUUAAAGCCAGGGCAGAGUUUUUGAAAACAUCAAACCACCUGGCAGAGAUGCUGAAGUCAGCCAGGUACAACGGCUGCUACUUUGACAGGACUGAAAAGGAGCCAAAUCGCCUUUGUACUCGGGAAGGAUGGUUUACCUGCCAGGGAUCAUUUGACCUGGAUUUGUGCCAGUCUCUCCACUCCAUCAACCCCUACGGCAGCCGAGAGAGUCGGAUCCUCUUCAGCACGUGGAAUCUGGACCACAGGAUUGAAAAGAAGAGGACGAUCAUUCCCACUCUGGUGGACACUCUGCAGAAUCACAAGAGCACCGACAUCGAUCUGAGCUACUUCUACCGCCUGCUGUUCACCAGGGAAAACCUGAAGCUGGUGCACAUCGUGUGCCACAAGAAAGGAGCCCACGACCUGCUGUGUGACACCAAGAAGAUCUUCAAACAAACCAGAAACACUGACAAAGGAAAACAGACGGCCAGAGGGAGGAAGAGACGCUUGAGAUGAAUAUUUUUUAAGUCUUGAUAUGUAUGUAACAACAUCAUGUAUUUACACUGAUAAGUUAUGUGAAUUAUCUGUCGAUUGUAGCAAGGUUGGAUGACCUUUUUACCUAGUUUAAUUUUUUUUUUACCUAUUAUGAUCGGCCAUUUGUUUUAAUUACA